AUGUAGAUUUUUAAUGAGGAUAUUCAUUUUGACACGGAGUUGUUCUUUAAUUUCUUAUUGCCUCCAAUCAUCUUCGCAGCAGGCUACAAUUUGCAUAGAAACCACUUUUUCGAUAAUUUUUGGCUAAUCUCAUAUCAUGGAAUAAUAUGCACAAUCCUAACAUUCAUUAUCCUGAGCGCUUUUGCUUUGUUUAUGAACGAAACAAGUUUGGUCUAACAGAAAAUGGGAUAGGAUGAGAUUCUCCUUUUGACAGCAACUCUAUGUGCAACUGACACAGUUGCUGCCCUCACAUUAAUUAAAGAAAAAGAAUACCCAAUACUCAAUUCAGUCUUGUUUGGGGAGGGCAUAUUUAAUGAUGCUGUAUCGAUUCUAAUAUUUCGGUCGGUCAAGAAAUAUUUAUCAGAAGAUGGAGGCUUUUCAAAUUUAUCCAUGGCCAUAUCCUUACGUCUAUGUGUUGAUUUCGUGUACCUACUACUGAUGUCCCUAAUCGUAGGUGUAAUAGUAGGGGCCCUGUCAUCAUUGUUAUUUAAAUAUUGUGAUUCUUUAUUUAACCAUCCUGUAAAGGAGACUUCCUUGAUAUUAUUAUUGGGCUAUGCAUCCUAUUUAGUAUCUGAGUCAUUACAUCUAAGCGGGAUAUUAAGUUUAUUUUGUUGCGGAAUUAUAAUGGCAGUUUACACAUAUCCAAAUAUUUCGGAUGAAGCACAACAUGGUACAUCAUUGGCAUUUGACACUAUUGGAUAUUUAGUGGAAGCUUUUGUGUUUGCAUACUUGGGAAUCACAACAUUAUAAGUAGAUUACAAGCAAAUCCCUUGGGGCUUUUCGCUAUUAUUGCUAUUAUCCGUAAUUUUAGCCAGAUUUGUUACAGUUUUUCUUUUACCUUGCUGUUACUUUCUGAUGAAUAAACAAUUUAAAUUAAACACUUAAGAACUAUUUGUCGUUUGGUAUUCUGGUCUAAUAAGAGGUGUAAUAGCAUUUGCACUUUGUAUCACCAUUAAAACAUCAAAUAGUGAAAUAAUCUAAGGGUGUGUUUUAGUGAUAGUCUUGAUCACAACCAUUUUCGGUUCCAUCCUAUUGGAUAGUUUCAUCGGUCUUAUUGGAAUGAAGCGAGUUGAUCCUGAAUUGAAUCAGAUAAACGAAUUUAUGUUGAGUCAAACUAGCGAGACUGACGCUAGUGUUUCAUAUUAUAAGAGCAUAGGAGAAUAAAAGGCAAAACUUAAAAAAGGAUUGUGGGGAGGAAUUGAGUAGAAUUUUGUUAGACCUAUAUUUUAAAAGCCGAAAACAAAUUAGGUUUCAGAAAUUAGUAUGCAUACAAUGUGA